AUGGGUUUCGAGGAAGAGCAGAGUAAACUGCUGCUGCAGAAGUUCAACACGGUUCAGGGCAUCCUCAACUCCCCUGAGGCCAAAGCACUGAAGCAAACAUCUCUGCAGGACCAGAGUGGAAGCUGUCGCUCUCUGUGGGUUGGGAACAUUACAUUAGAAGUUACAGAGAAAGACCUCUGGGAUCUCUUCAAAAUUUUUGGUGAGAUAGAGAGCAUCAGAGUUCUUCACGAACGCUUCUGUGCCUUCGUCAACUUCAAGAACACCAACAUGGCUGCCAGGGCCCUAGAGAAGCUGCAGGGGGUGGAGCUAGGGAGCACCAAGCUGGUGAUGAGGUACCCGGACCGUUGGAUCCAGCGGACUCUGCCCUCCACACAAAGGACCAACACCAGCUUCAGUGCUGCAGGAACACAGAGCUCAGCUUCCACAGGGUCCAGACCGACGGCGCCUGUAAAUGGACACGAGUGCUUCUAUUGGCGGACAACAGGUUGUUUUUAUGGCGACAAGCAACGCUUCAGACACAUACCAGACCAGCAAGGGCAAAGCAAGAAACCCUGGCAACCCUAACCAUUUCCCCUUCCUUCCCCUGCACCGAGACACAUUACAGAAUGAUUUACAUACAAGAAGGAGAACAGGAACAUAAAAUAGAACGAGAGAACGGUCUGCCCGACGAUACUGACGGCUGAAUGUGUGAGGAAAAGAAAAAGAGAGACGGGUUCUGCACAGGGUCCAGAACCCAACCUCAUAAACAGUUCUAACAUAAGAAGGUCGAAAAUAUUUAGAUUUAU